AUGGCACUUGGUCAUUUUCAAAAACAAUGUUCACAAACCAAAGAAACUUGUCGUACAUGCAGCGAAGUUGUCGAUGAUAUGAAGAAUCAUAUAUGUUCGAAGAUAGAAAAAUGUAUACAUUGUCAAUUGAACCACAAAUCUAGUUCUCUUAAAUGUCCUGUUGUUAAAGCUUAUCGUGCAGAACUGACUCGUAAACUAUUAUAUAUAAAUAAUCCACCUGCAGCUACAGUUAAUAUUAAUAAUAUUAUGCAAAAUUAUGUAUACAAGUCGUCGAACUUUACACCGCCUCCUGUUUCUUAUGCAUCAGCAAUUAAUUCAACAAUUAAUUCAACAAUUAAUCCUAUGAUUAAUCCUAUGAUGAAAAAACUUGAUGAAUUAAUGAACACUAUGUCUGAAAUGAAGAACCAACUUAUUAGUUUUGAAGCUAAACAAAACACAAUCGAACAAUUCAUUAUUGCUAAACAAGAAGGUGAUAAUCUUAUCAAACAAAAUUUGGAGGAACUUUCUAAGCAUCAAUUAAAUCUGGAAAAAGAAGUUACUCAUUAUGGUUUAUUUAUUGAUCGACAUGAAAAUUUAUUUAUGAAGUUAUCGAUACCUAUAUUUCAAGAUGUAUUUACAUUUAUUUCAUCUUUGAAUCAAGAUAAGAAGGGUAAUACAUUGGAUACUGAUUUAAAAGGUAAAAUAGAGCGUUACCUUAUGCAAAUGAAGAAUGUUCAAGUUAGGAAGAAACUGGAAUGA